AUGGCUUGCGGCACUUCUUCAAUGGCGGUGGAGACUUAUCCUGAGGCAGAGGCCUUCGCCUCUGCUACUGCGACCCCCGACGAGAAUACUGGUAUGCUCCGUGAUCGGCGCCGACAUUCGUUCCAUGCUUCUAGAAAACUCUCGUGCGACCAUCAAGAUGCAGAUGCCGUCUUCAUCAGGGUCGAACUCUUCUUGUCCGAAUUGGAACGUCGAUUGCAAUGGAUCGAGCAAUACCGGAAAUCCCACAUGAUGCAGGUCGAUGCCAGUCUAAAACGAGGCUACGCUAUGCUGGAAGCCGUGAGAGACCAAUGCUCCCUCGCCUCGGGGGAGUUGAUGGGAAGUGGCAAAAAGCGUGCUAAGAUUUUAGUCGAAACCCUCGAGGAUGGAUACAAUGAAGCCUUGGUGACUAAGGAGACUCUGGAGCAAAAGGCGCAAGCCGGCGUGCGGUUAAUGGAGUCAUUCUUGGUAGAACUUGAGAACAAAGUGCAUGCAGUUCGCGAUCGUGGCAUUUAUGGCACUAUAGAUGACGGGUGGAAAGCGAUGGAUUCGGGCUUGGUUCAUGCCCGGGAAAUUGUCGACGAGGGCAUGGAGCGUGCCCGCCGGACUCGCGAUACUCUCAGGGAUGCUGUCGAAGAGGCUAUCCGACUAGCCAAAGAGAAGCGAUUGAUUAACUACGAUGAACUGCCUCAUCCAUGGCGCGUCAACCCGCACAUCAUCAAUGGCUACCGAUUCACCACUUCCAAGGUGGAAUGUGUCUCCUCGGUCUUCGCUUAUUCAAAUGAAAUGUUCAACAUUUGGUCCCAUGUGAUUGGUCUCGUCAUCGUCCUAGCCGUCGCCUUUUACUUCUACCCGCUUCACACGAAUUUCCAUCUGAGCACCAAAUCCGACGUCACAAUCGCUGCCGUUUUCUUCUUUGCUGCCUGCAAAUGUCUGGUUUGCAGCACUAUUUGGCAUACUAUGAACAGCAUUGCUUCGCAGUCAUUGAUGGAGCGAUUCGCUUGUGUGGACUACACUGGAAUUUCUAUGCUGGUCGCUGCCUCGAUUGUGACCACUGAAUACACUGCUUUCUAUUGUGAGCCCUUGUCCCGGUGGACAUACAUUCUGCUUACCAUGUCACUGGGCGUCGGUGGCAUUAUUCUGCCAUGGCACCCAACCUUCAACCGCCACGAUAUGGCUUGGGCCCGCGUGGGCUUCUACGUGACCCUUGCACUCACUGGUUUUUCGCCCAUCGCUCAGCUCAUUUAUACACGUGGCUUCGCAUGGACCAUUUAUUUCUACGCACCAGUCGUGAAGAGCGUCACGGUCUAUUUUGUCGGUGCCUGUGUCUACGCCUCCAAGGUUCCUGAGCGCUGGAAGCCAGGUCUUUUUGAUUACGUCGGUGGUAGCCAUAAUAUCUGGCACCUGGCUGUUCUGGGUGGUAUCCUUUUCCACUACCACGCCAUGCAGGAUUUGUUUGCAGGAGCCUUCCAACGGGCCCAGGGCGAGUGUCCGAAUAUGACGCUGUGA